AUAUUAGAUGGUCAAUGGUUUUCGAUAUUUCGGUUGUAUGGUUACUUUAAUUUAUUGACAAAAAUGUAACACUUCUAUUUUAAAUUGACUAUGUUUUUACAACCGGAAUGAUAUCUGUUUUAUCCACGUUAAGUUAUUUAUGUAAAUAUUAAAGGUGUUUUUAUUCAAGUAAAAACCUGUUGACACAAAAAGCGAAAAUGUCUUCGAAGAGUGAAUUAAAAAAAUUGUCUGAAGAAAGUUUAACCAGGCAACCUGAAGAAGUAUUUGAUAUAAUAUGCAAAUUAGGAGAAGGAUCUUAUGGAUCAGUUUAUAAAGCAUUGCAUAAAGAAAGUGGACAGGUGCUUGCCAUUAAACAAGUACCUGUUGAUACAGAUUUACAAGAAAUUAUAAAAGAAAUUUCUAUUAUGCAACAAUGUGAUUCUCCAUAUGUUGUUAAAUAUUAUGGAAGCUACUUUAAAAAUACUGAUUUAUGGAUUGUAAUGGAAUAUUGUGGAGCUGGAUCUGUUAGUGAUAUUAUGAGGUUAAGAAAGAAAACUUUACAAGAAGAUGAAAUAGCAACAAUUCUCAGUGAUACUUUAAAAGGUUUGGAAUAUCUUCAUUUGAGAAGAAAAAUACAUAGAGAUAUUAAAGCAGGAAAUAUUUUACUCAAUAAUGAAGGGCAUGCAAAAUUAGCUGAUUUUGGAGUAGCAGGACAGUUAACUGAUACAAUGGCAAAACGUAAUACAGUUAUAGGAACUCCAUUUUGGAUGGCUCCAGAAGUAAUACAAGAAAUUGGAUAUGACUGUGUGGCAGAUAUAUGGUCUCUUGGUAUAACUGCUUUAGAAAUGGCAGAAGGCAAGCCACCUUAUGGUGAUAUACAUCCAAUGAGAGCAAUAUUUAUGAUUCCAACUAAACCACCACCUAGCUUUAGAGAACCUGAUCAAUGGAGUCCUGAAUUUAUAGAUUUUGUCAGUGGGUGCCUUGUUAAAAAUCCAGAAGAAAGAGCUACAGCAACUGAGCUGUUAAAUCAUGAAUUCAUAGGUAAUGCCAAACAACCAAGUAUUCUUAGUCAAAUGAUUGCAGAAGCUCACGAAAUACGAGAAAAACAAAGCGCACAUCGUGCUCAUGUCAUAAAUAAUGUGGCAAUCAAAAAUCAAAACCAAACAGAAGAUUCGGAUGAAGAAGAUUGUAGUGGAACAAUGAAACCACUGCCAGAAGACACAGGAACUUUAGUACCGAGUCAUGAUCUUCCAGAUACGGGUACACUUGUUUCUGCAAUGUUAGAUUUGGGAACAAUGGUUAUUAAUAGUGACACUGAUACCGAAGCAACUAUGAAACGGCAUAAUACAGGGUCAGUAGAGUCCGGAAAAAAAUACCGGCCAUUAUUUUUAGAUCAUUUUGAUAAAAAAGAAGCACCUGAAAUAGGAAAGGGUAAUGGACAAAUACUUGGAGUACACAAUCAAGAUAAUGAAAAUAAACUAGAAUUACGAAGCCCCACGGAAUCGCAGAGGUUUCAAAGUCACUUACAAUUACAGCUUAAUCAGAUUUCUCAUCCUAUACAAGAACAGCCUCAUAAUAACAUAUCCAAGUUCCAAAAUGUUUUUACAGAACGUGAUUUCGACUUCGCAUUUUUAAAAAAAAUUGAAUAUAGAUAAACAACCAUAUCCUGCAGCUGAAGUUUCUCUCAUACGAGGAAUUACAGCAACGAAUGGCUAAUUUGGAUGCAGAAAUGGAGAGAGAAA